GUAAAAUUUAUUGUCUUUUAGAACAAUUUUAGAGAAAGAAAGAGAAAAUCUCAUUUUGGGUUCAUCGAAUGCAAGCUUAAUGUCACUCUAAAGCCCUCACUUGGCUUCCAGAAACCUGAGACUAGAUCGGACACCAUAACCAGCCAGGUAUUGUUGCUCAGAGAGUGAAAAUAGAACAUGGGUGAUGGGGAUAAUUUGGCUUCGGUUUCGGAGCCUACAGCUGACGAAGCCCUAAUAGAUCACAAGGAACAGGUUCAGGGCGGCGGGGAAGAUGAUGUUGGGGAGGUAAUGAUUGAAGUUGUAGGUUCUGAUGUGUUUGUUGAUGGAGUUGCCAGUGAUGGUGGAUCUGGAAAUCGGGACAUGGAGGAUGGGGGUAAAGAUGAAGUUUUAAAGGAGGAUACUAAUACUAAGGAUGAAGUGGAAUCAAAUGAAGGGGGUAAUUCUGGUCAGAUUGGAGCUUUUGAUUCUUCUUCUCGGAAGACUUGCACUGAGCUGAAGGGUGGAUUUGAAGGUAUGGAGGGGGUUACUGCUUCAUCUGGUGGACAGAUUUGUGAAGAAGUGGAUAAUGUCGAUAAGGAAGCUUUAGCUUCUCGGAGAGCUGAUGAGGUGCAGAACAGUGAGGCUGAGGCUGAGACUGGAAGUUUAGCAACUUCAUCAACUAGGGAACGUACCCAUAUUGGUGUUGCUGAGGAGGUAGAAGGCAUAGUUGUUCAAGAAACUCGGGACGAUGAGAUGAUUGAGGAGGGUCUGGAGAAAGUUCGGAAGUCUGUAGAUGAAGUAAAUGGUUCUAAACUUAUAGAAUCAAUAUCAACCAGACCUAGCUCUGUGGAUGAUAAAGAAGCCAAUCCUGAGAAUGUGAUUUUUUCUGCUCCACCUGUGGAAGAAACCUCUUCAGUGCAGGACCAGGUUGUUUCAAAGGAUAUCUCUGUGGAAGUGGUUCCUGAAUCUUCAGAUCGUAAAGAGGAUUUCAGUUCCAAGGCUGAGGACUCCUUAGUCCAAGAAGCUGAAGUUACUGUAAGCGAAGUUGGGAUGAUGAACAAGGAAGAGAUUACAAACCCUCAAACCGAUCUGUUUGGUGAGAUAGAUGAUAAGCAGCAGUUGCAGGCUGAUAUGUCUUCCAUGGAAACUGAAGAGCAAGAUGCAACCAGGGAUACAGUCGGUGAUAAAGAUGCGAUGGUUGUGGAUCAAACCACUCUAGAUUCUGAUGAUCAGCAGCAGUUGCAGGUUGAUAUGCCUACCAUGGAAGCUGAAAAGCAAGAUGCAACCAGGGAUACUGUUGGUGAUGAAGAGGAAAUGACUGUGGAUCAAACCACUGCAGAGUCUGAUGAUCAGCAGCAGUUGCAGGUUGAUAUGUCUACCAUGGAAGCUGAAAAGCAAGAUGCAAACAGAGAUACUGUUGGUGAUGAAGAGGAAAUGGCUGUGGAUGAAACCACUGCAGAGUCUGAUGAUCAGAAGCAGUUGCAGGUUGACAUGUCUUCCAUGGAAGCUGAAAAACAAGAUGCAACCAAGGUUACUGUUGGUGAUGAAGAGGAAAUGAUUGUGGAUCAAACCACUCUAAAGUCUGGUGAUGCAAUUGGUAGUGAUACCAAGGACUUGAAAAGUGAAGUCUUUGUAUGUGCGGAACCACAUUCAUCUAAUCAACAAACUGAAACUGACAUUUCCAAUGAAAUGAGACUUGACAUAUCAAAAGAUGAUAAAACUCUACAGAUUGAGUUAACCCUUGGCAAUGGUGAAGACCAUGGUCAUUCAGAAUCCUCAACUGAACAAGUUUCUAUUAUUGAAAAGGUGGAUGUUGCUGAAGUGGACAAUGUGGAGGGCCUACCUCAUAGUAAUAUUGUUAACAAAGUUGAUUCCUUAGGGGAUGCCAUGGUUGCAAAUACUGAUGGAAGCUGUGAUAUCAAAGUAGUGCAUGGAGACCUAGAAGUAUCUGGUGAAAAAAAUGAGAUUGUUGAUGUGAAUGAUUCUGUUGCAGAAAACUCUGAGGGGAUGAAGGCUGACAAAUUUGGUGAUACUGUAUCAGAUGAUGACAUGGUCAAUAGAGAUUCUUCUGUGGGCAAGGAGUUGCUUGGGAAGGGGAACUAUGAUCCUCCAAUCUUAAAGAAUGAGUUAUGUCCUGAAAUUGGUACGCAUUUGUCAGAUGACAGCAAAUUUACUGAAGUCCAGCCAGCAGAAACUUUGAAUGUUGACACAGUUGUUGAAGGACACACACAUACAGCUUCACAUGUAGUUUCCGCAUCACAUGAUGUUAUUGAUUCUAGUGUCUCUCUUGAUGAGAAAAUUAAUAGCCAUUCAUCACAACAUACAAUUGCUGAUGUUCAACCAUCAAACAAUGACAAUAUGGAAAUCGAUUCUUCUAAUAUUAUAGCAGAACAGACUUUUGAAGCAAACAUCCCAUCCAGCGAGGAAACAGGAGGAACUUUUGAAGUGGAGGUUCGGGAUGAAUCUACAGUAUGCAACUUGGUUGUGGAUUUAGAUACAUGUAUGAACAAGGAUGGAGUAUGCCAUUCACUUGAUGAUGAAUGUAAGGAAAAUGUUUCUUUUAUGGAUAAGUCUCAUUUUGUAGAUGAGAUUCAGCCAAUGGAAAGCGAGAUGAGCUUGCAAGUAUCAGAUGGCCUGGAUGGUAGUGGCACAGAGCUAUAUUUUGAUGGUUAUACCUUGGAGGUUGAUGUGGAAGAAGAGUGCACUGUUCUUGAGCAGUUAGAGAUGGAAGAAGAAGAAGAUGCUGGUGAAGAACAGGCAAAUGAUGGUGAUGAUAUUGACCCAAAGCUCACAAAUAUGAACGAUGGAAACAUUCCUAGGUUGCACCAGCCUAGUUAUUUGCUGCCACCUGAAACAGGCGAGUUUUCAGUAUCAGACUUAGUCUGGGGUAAAGUGAAGAGCCACCCAUGGUGGCCUGGGCAGAUAUUUGAUUCUGCCGAUGCAUCUGAUAAAGCAAUGAAAUACCAUAAAAAAGAUUGUUUCUUAGUUGCAUAUUUUGGGGAUCGAACCUUUGCCUGGAAUGAAGCAUCUGUCCUAAAGCCAUUUCGAGCACAUUUCUCACAGGCAGAAAGGCAUAGCAGUUCAGAAGCCUUACAGAAUGCUGUGAGCUGUGCUUUGGAGGAGGUUUCCAGAAGAGUUGAAUUGGGGCUAGCUUGUCCUUGUUUACCAAAAGAUGUCUUUGACAAGAUUGAAGCUCAGAUUAUUGAGAAUGCUGGCAUUCGAGAACAAUCGAGCAGAAGGCCUGGCAUAGACAAGUCUAUGGAGGCUAACUCUUUUCAAGCUGAUAAACUUUUGGAUUUUGUAAAAGAAUUAGCCGAGUUCCCUUUGGAUGGAUCUGAUGGAUUAGACCUUGUUGUUGCUAAAGCCCAGUUAUUAGCUUUAAAUCGUCAAAGGGGUUAUCAGCAACUUCCGGAGUUCCAGACUUGUGAAGCAUUACAGGAGAAUGAAAUGGACUUUCCUGGAUCAGCAGACAUGAUGGAAUAUGCCACAGAAGGUGAAAGCAAAAUCAGUUUGAAAAUUGAAAAGAGCAACUCAAAUAAACGCAAGCACAACCUUAAAGAUGUUAUGUACCCUAGCAAGAAAGACAGAAGCUUGUCUGAUUUGAUGGGUGAAGAGAGGAGAAUAAGUUUUUAUUCUGCAAAAGUAUCUACUACAUCCCCUUUGACCCCUAAACCAUCCUUUAAAAUUGGUGACUGCAUACGUAGGGCAGCAAGUCAAUUGACUGGAAACACAUCCAUCGUGAAACCUAAUAAUGAUGCAUUUAGUAUAGAUGAAAGUACUGAAUCACCAAUGGGGCCUGAUGCUCAAAAUCCUCAAGGAAGCGGAUCUAUCUUUUCAGUGGAAUCCUCUUCUGCAGCUGAGAUGCUAUUGCAACUUCACUUGGUGGCAGCAAAUCCUAAGAAAGGACACAACUCCAUGAGUGCCCUCUCUACUUUUUUCUCUGGUUUCCGCAAUUCAAUUUCUGUUCAUUUUUCUGGAAGACAAAGUACAGGUGGUGUUAGAAAGAGGAAAACAUCUCAUGCAAACGGAUCUCCUGAAGAAUUUGAAUUUGAUGAAGUGAAUGACUCUUAUUGGGCUGAAAGAAUAAUCCAAAACGGUUCUGAAGAGCUAGUAACACCAGAUGGUCAAGACAGAAUACAGUACCAGCCUGUGAUCCUAAAUGGAUCAAAUAAAUCAGGUCGUAGGCCUUACACUAGAAAGCGAUUUUCUAAUGGGGUCCCUGAGAUGCCUAUGGACGGAUCAGCAAAGGUUGAUCUUGGGAGGAAGGCAGAAAAUGCACCGGCAGAACUUGUAUUGAAUUUCUCUGAAAAUGAUUUGGUCCCUGUGGAAACCAGUUUAAAUAAAAUAUUUAGGAGAUUUGGUCCAAUACAAGAAUUGGAAACUGAAGUUGAUCCAGAGAGCUGCCGAGCUAGAGUUGUCUUUAAGAAGUGUUCUGAUGCUGAAGUUGCCUUCAGCAGUGCUGGAGCAUUCAACAUUUUUGGUCCAAUGAUUGUUAACUAUCAGCUCAACUACACACCAUCUCCGCACUUUAAAAGCCUGCCCCUUGCAUUGUUAGAAGGGCAAGAGGAUGCAAUUUAAAGGUUAUUGAAGAGUGAAGAUACUGUAACACUGAAGAUAACAAUUCUCUGCUAUUAAAGUUUUGAUGAUGACAAUGUGGGCUGUUGGGUAUGACUAUCGAAGAAGAGGUAACACUAGUUGUCCAGAAUGGGUAAAGAAUGAAGACGAACAGAGGGAAUGUAACCUUUAUUAUCUAUCCAUCCAUUAUUACUAUUGGUCAUGUAUUAAUUUCUCUACUAAUCCACGAUCUAAAGUAUGUAAUAUUUUGGCUAUGUGAGGAGGAUUGGUUUGUUGUGUUGUGUACUCUGAUCUGCUCACUCACUGUUUAGAUGACACCAUUUAUCUUGUUUCCUGUA